AUGAAGUUCUCUCAUUCGUUACAGUUCAAUGCGGUCCCUGAAUGGUCGUCCAAAUAUAUCGCAUACUCGAACUUGAAGAAACUCAUUUACCAAUUGCAAAGAGAUAAACUAUACAACAGACUUCCUCACGAUCUCCCCGUGGAAAAUAGUUCUAGAUCCACCAUCAGUCUCUUACCCGUGGCCAACCCAAUUUCUGAAAGACCCCCGAUCUUGCCAUCCCACGAUCCAUACACCAAACUCUUCAUCAACAAGCUAGAUCUGCAACUGGCCAAAAUCGAUCGGUUCUAUAAAAACCAAUACAAAUCAUUAGUAGACAACAUUGUAGAUUUGAAAGACGAUUUGAACGACUAUUAUGAUUCCAUCAAUACCAUUAAUAGAACUUCUCCACAACAUAACAAUCUGACCCCUCAGAAUUCCCUGUAUUCCGUGGAUUCAAACGUAUCCCUGGAAAACCCAAACAACAAUUCUACAAACAUCUUCUCAAUGAUCUCAAACAAUAUCCAUUCAUUGACAUCCAACAGAUCAAACAGUGCCAUCCCCGUCGAUCUAAAGCAGAAAUUGAUCUUCAAGAAAAGAUUGCUCGAAUUGUUCACUCUAUUGAACGAAUUGAAAGAUUUCAUCGUCUUGAACAAGACCGGGUUCACCAAGAUUUGUAAGAAAUUCGACAAAUCUUUGGAAUCUACUCCGAUCAAAAAGACAUAUUUGCAACGGAUAGAAACUCAUUCUGUCGUGUUCAAUAACAAUUCCAUCGUCCACCUGCAAAAUUAUAUCCAAGAACUCAUCACCCUUUAUGCAAACUUGUUCGAUCAUAUGAAUCAACAAGACGCUAGAGAAGAGUUAUCCUCUCAUUUGAAAGAACAUAUCAUCUGGGAAAGAAAUACCGUUUGGAAAGAUAUGAUCAAUUUAGAAAGAAAAUUCCAAUCCACUUCAGUGACUCAACCAGAUUCCAUCUCUCAUUCUCCACAACCUUAUGAUUCUUCCACACAAACCCCUUUACUCUCAUCAACUAGCGGCACCACCACAAACCAUUAUCAUUCUACAAAUAACAAUUCUUUAUCAAAACCUAAACAUAAGAAUAAGUGGAGGUAUAACAAAAGAUUGGUUCUUUUCACAGCAAUCACUUCCGUUUUCAUCUUCAUCUUAUCCAACAGUCCCGCUACCUACAAUUUAGAAGAUUUACCAGAAAGAAAUUGUUUAGCUCUAUUGAUUUAUUCCUCCUUGUUAUGGGCCACAGAAGUAAUCCCAUUAUUCGUCACAUCAUUAUUCAUUCCACUCCUAAUAGUAAUGUUCCCUAUGUUGAAAGAUCCCAAUGAUAACCAUAAAGUAUUAUCUUCUAUCGAUGCAUCAAACUUCAUUCUAUCUUCCAUGUGGUCCAACGUAAUCAUGCUUUUAUUAGGAGGCUUCACUCUCGCUGCUGCAUUAUCAAAAUAUAAUAUUGCUAAAAUCAUUUCCACUCAUAUCUUAUCUUCCGUCGGGACAAAUCCAAAAUUGAUCUUAUUAACAAACAUGUUUAUUGCCUUUUUCAUCUCCAUUUUCAUUUCAAACGUCGCUGCACCAGUAAUCACAUAUUCCAUCAUUCAACCUAUCUUACGUAUCUUACCCAAGAGAUCCACCUAUGCUCAAGCGUUGAUCUUGGGUAUUGCAUUCGCUUCUAAUAUAGGUGGGAUGUCUUCUCCAAUUUCUUCCCCUCAAAAUAUUUUUGCUUUGACUUUGAUGGACCCUUCCCCUAAUUGGAUUGAUUGGUUCGUCGUCUCUAUCCCCACAUGUCUAAUUUCUAUCAUUUUAAUUUGGAUCUUCCUUCUAUUAACGUUUGAUUUCAAUUCAAAUUCUCAAAUCCAACAAGAUUCUGCCCCAUCUUCCUCAACAUCAACUACCUCUACAAAACCAUUGAAACUAUUAAAAAUCCAUCCAAUUAAUGAUCCUUUAAACAAUAAACAGAAAAUAGUCAUCUUCAUCUCUUCAAUCACUAUCCUAUUAUGGUGUUUUGCUGAUAAAUUAUCCUUCUUAAUGGGGGAUAUGGGUAUCAUCUCAAUUAUCCCUAUUGUAACAUUAUUCGGUACGGGGCUUCUAACUUCAGAUGAUUUCAAUAAUUUCAUGUGGACUAUAGUAAUCUUAGCCAUGGGUGGGGCCACUUUGGGGAAAGCUGUUUCAAUGUCAGGCCUAUUAGCUACCAUUGCUGUUCAUAUUAAAGAGUCCAUACAGGAUAAACCAAUCUUCCUCAUUGUAUUAUUAUUCGGAAUCAUGAUCUUAACCAUGGCCACAUUCAUUUCUCAUACAGUGGCAGCCAUGAUUAUUAUCCCAUUGAUGAAGGAAAUUGGGAACCAUUUACCAAGUGAUCAUUCAAGACUAUUAAUUAUGAUUAGUACCCUACUUUGUUCAAGUGCAAUGGGGCUGCCCACUUCAGGGUUCCCAAACGUAACUGCAAUAUCAAUGACAGAUGAAAUCGGUAAUAGAUACUUGUCUGUCAAAACUUUCAUCACAAGAGGUGUUCCUUCAAGUUUAUUGGCUUAUCUAGUCAUUGUAACGAUAGGUUUCGGUCUUUUAGAAUUAAUCGGCUUUUAA